AUGGGAUCAGCCAAGGCUAAUGCAAGAGGAAGACAGCUGCAAGAAUUAUUUAAAGAAGGCUUUAUUGAAUGUGUCGAUGAUGAUACUCCAACAUUUGAAAAGAAUGACUAUGAAGUUAAGCUCGACUGGCUUUUAGGUAGUCAACCACUUCUAUCUUUCACAUCAAAUUUGGAAACACAUCCAACAAUUGGUACAUCAUGCGGACACAAACCAUUAACCUUCGACAUCUCUAUUGGAGCUGAACCAAAACCACCAACUCCAAGAAUGUCAUUUAAUUUCAAAACAGCUAAAUGGGCCAAGUUUAGAAGCAAAUUAGAUCAACAACUGAUGUUAUGGAAUAAUGAUCGUCGUUUAGAUUCAACAUUAGCUAUAGAAGAAUAUACGUCAUUUAUUACUAAUUCCAUCUUAGUAGCAACACAAGAAGCUAUUCCACUGUCCAAACAAACGAAUACCACACCUAUGAUAAGUGAAGUUACGAAGAGAACUGCUGCAAUUGAAAUCGAAAAUGUUUUAUCUCGUCCAUUCAACUUAAAGAGCGGUACUCCACAAGGAUCUCCAUUAUCACCAUUAUUAUAUAUUAUAUAUACGGCAGAUUCGAUGAAUGGAAUACCGACUCACACAGAACAUGGGUUAUUCGCCGAUGAUACAGCUUUAUGGACAUCAGGAAACACCAUGACAAUCCUUAAUACAAGGUUACAAGAGUCCAUAGAUGCAUUUGAAAGUUGGUGCAAGUCAUGGAAAUUAAAGCUGCAACCAACAAAAACUGAACUGAUUCACUUCAGCUUACACCCAAGAAAGAAGUACAAGCAUCCAGUGGAAGUAACUGUUGGAAACACCAUUAUUCAACCACUGAAACACACAAGAUACUUGGGUGUAAUUAUAGACAAACAACUAAAAUGGCGAAGUCAUCUCGAUCAUAUUGAAGCUAAGAUUGCUCCUCGGAUCGGUCUUCUUCGAUAUUUAUCGAGAACAGCAAAUGAACCCAACAACAAGACGAUGAUAAACAUUUUCAAAUCAAUUGUACGCACAAUCAUUAUUUAUGGUCAUCCUGUUCUACUGACUGCUGAUCAAAAAAUAUGGAACAGACUGCAGAUCAUGCAAAACAAAGCACUUCGAGCUGCAUUAGGUCUACCAAUUUAUACAUCGGUAGAAUACAUACACAAGAUCAGCAACGUCCCCAAGAUUAAAGAUUAUGCAAUUGGAUUACUCCAAAAGUCAAUUCAAACAGCAACAUCGAAUAAUGACAUUACAUUGAAGACCCACCUUCAAGAUAUAUUUAAUCAAAUUUAAAAAAACACAAAGAAAUCUACAAGAUUGCUUAUAUAUAAAAACAAAAUUACGUAAAUCUAUUUGCUUGUUCAUUUUCUAUCAUUCAGCUAUUUCUCUUUCCUUGCCUUCAACUUCAUAUCAAAUACGAAGUGGAGUCAAUCUAUUUGCUUGUUCUUUUUUUGUAAUUCAGCUAUUUCUUUUUUCAUUCCUCUCCAUUCAAUAUUAUGUAUAAAGAUGGAGAAAUUCAUUACAUUAUUCCCUUUACUUUAUCAUGUACUUUCUUUUUCUUGCCACUUCAAUUCGUAUUCAAUAUGAAGUUGGAAAAUGAUUUUGCUUAUUCUUUAUACUUGAUUAUGCAAUUUCAUUUUUUCUCCCUUCCACUUCAUAUUCAAUAUGAAGUUGGAAAAUCAUUUUGCUUAUUCUUUAAACUUUAUAUUGUUAUUUCAUUUUCUCUCAUUUCCAAUUCAUAUUUAAUAUGAAACUGGAAAAUCACUUUGCUUACUCUUCGACACAACAUCGAUAUUAAAUCAUCAUCGCAUAUACACCUACAUACAAUCCACACCACAACGCAACAAACAUAUCUUCGAGACGAAAGACUAAUGUCAUGUGUCUCUUGCUUAUGCUUCCAGCUUUCAAUGACAAUACA